AUGAAUCCUAUUGAAUCCAGCUUUGAGUCUUCCAAUGCUCCCAACGACUUCCCAGAUCUCCUAAAAAGUCUUCGAGAUCUUCCAGACGAUUUCUCAGAUCUUCCGAGGCUCUCUGAAAUCUCCCAAGAGUCUCCGAGAUCUUCUAAGACUCUCAGAUCUUCCACGAGUCUCCGAAAUAUCCCAGAGAUACUGUUAAGAGACUGGUGGGACUCCUCAGCCAGGUCCUUAGGGAGGUGUCAGCAGGUCCUCCGGGUUUACUUUCUCAGGUUUACAUUACACUUCCACGCCCCAAGACGUCUCACGCCCCUUGCAAAAAUGUGGAAGGAUUGUGGCAAGGAAUUCAAAGAUUUCGAAUAUGAGUAUGAAGGGGAGCCCUGCUGUGUUAAGACAACAACUAUGAAGAGAAUUACUGGGAUCCCAGUGAAGAAUGUUAUAAAUGACAUAGAAUGUACAAAAUGGUCAUAUGAAGAAUAUUACGAAAGCUCGGGUGAUGUUUCGACGGCGAGUUCAGUCGAUGUCCAGCAGCGGAAGAAGAGGGAUGCACAUGUUCCUGCUCCGAAGAGACGCCCCGGGCAACGAUCGCUGUCAAAAGGCGAAAAGGUGAAAUUGAAAAAACCAAAGAGGACGAAUCUGAUCAAGGAGAACAGAUGGGCGAAGCGGAACCACGGGAAAAAGACAGACGAGAUGCGCAGGCUGGGCGUCGAGAAAGCCCUUCCCAAACCGGACCCUGAGCGCGGAGUCUUCCUGGACUUCGGCGAUUUCACGGAGCGCAACGAGCACCUGUUCCUGGAAAACCCCGCCCGGACGCCUCACCAAAGGACUAAAAGAGAGAACAAAGAUGACCAAAAGGAAUCGGUGAAAUUAACCAUGGCAGAGGUGGACGCCAUUCGUACCAAAUGCAGCAAAUUCUACAAGUAUCUGAAGCACCUGAAAAUGGAAGAAACGGCUGGUAAAGAAUCCUCAGUGAAAAUCAGUUUUGAUGAAGAGGAAAACUGUCCUGUAGCCGACUACAAAGAGGAUGUGUCAUACAACCCUCUGUGUCAGCUGGAGGUCUUCUGUGACAAGUUCGGAUGUUAUGACUACAACCUUGACAGUGAGUAUUGUAAUUAUGGUGAGCGUCUGUAUGCUUUUGUUGCUGUGCUAUAUGAAGGUUUCUUUAUACCAAAAUGA